UAAGAAUGGAGUAAUAAUUAGGAAUACCGCACUUACCUUUUUGGCACAAAUUUGAGUGUUAAUGUGUUCCGCAGGGCGAAGAUUACAACCUCCAUUAAAGUGGAUAUAUACAGAGUUGAAGCACUUACGAGGAAGCUAAAGGUAACAUGAAGAGGCUGUACAAGUCUACUGACGAUGAAUUCAUGGAGUUCCAUAACAGAGAAAUUGGAAUUUCUCAACCCAGAAACUUCACUCGUCGAAUCUCCGCUUCUGAGGUUACAGUGAAGCGGCUGGAUUUGUAUGGGAAGUUAAAUGGUCAUGAGGGUUGUGUUAACACAAUUGACUUCAAUGCCACUGGCGAUGUUCUUGUCUCAGGCUCUGAUGACAGACGAGUAAUACUAUGGGAUUGGGCAACAAGGAAAUCAAAAUUGUCUUACUCAUCAGGCCACAUGGACAACAUAUUCCAGGCCAGGUUCAUGCCCUUCACUGAUGAUCGGAAAGUAGUAACUGCUGCUGCUGAUGGCCAGGUCAGGCUUGGUCUAUUGCUGGAGAAUGGCCACAUAGAAACUAAAAGGCUUGGUAAGCAUCAAGGUCGUGUACAUAAUCUUGCAGUGGAACCAGGGAGCCCCUACAUAUUGUAUAGCUGCAGUGAAGAUGGUUUUGUUCAACAUUAUGACCUGCGAAGCAAUUCUGCCACAAAGAUAUUAUGUUGCUCAUCUUUCACAGAAAACAAUAAGCAAUCUUCUAGCAGUGUUAGGUUGAACUCCAUUGUGAUAGAUCCAAGAAAUCCUAAUUAUUUUGCUGUUGGAGGUUCUGAUGAAUAUGCACGUGUAUAUGACAUCAGAAUGUACCAAAUGGAUGCUUCUCAUAAUACAGAUAGGCCUAGCAACACAUUUUGCCCCCAUCACCUGAUUGAAACACAUGACGUUCACAUCACAGCAUUGGCUUACUCAAGCUCUAGUGAGUUGCUGGUCUCAUACAAUGAUGAAUUGAUAUAUUUGUUUCAGAAGAAUAUGGGAUUGGGUCCAUCUCCCCUGUCUUCACAAGGUGAAGAUGCAAAGAAAUUGGACGAGCCACAAGUUUAUUCUGGGCAUAGAAAUUCGAGAACUGUUAAAGGAGUGAGUUUUUUUGGUCCUGGUGAUGAAUAUGUCAUGAGUGGGUCUGAUUGUGGUCGUAUAUUUAUCUGGAAGAAAAAGGGUGCUAAGCUUGUUAGGUUGAUGGUUGGUGAUAGGCACAUAGUAAAUCAGCUUGCGCCCCAUCCCUCUAUUCCUGUUCUUGCAACAUGUGGAAUAGAAAAGACCAUAAAGCUUUGGACCCCAUCAUCAAAGAAUGUUACUCCAUUGCCUCGUGACGCCCAAAAGAUAAUGGAAGCUAACAAGCAAGGCCGAGAAGACCAUUCACGGGCUACACUGACCCCAGAUGUAAUUAUGCACGUCUUACGUAUGCAUAGGAGGCAAGCACUGGCUUAUGUUGAAAGAAGACACACUAGAGGUGACAUCGAGAGUGAUGAAGAUGAUGGGGGAGAGGCCUAUGUUUUAGGGUUUUCAGAUGGUGAUACUGAGGGUGCCUCUGAAUGCAGCAUUAGCUAAAGUCAUAUGUAUCUUACCCGGGAACAACAUACAGUUCACAUCUGUAUGAAUAGCUUGGUGCACCUUAUAGCUGUAGUGCAUCACAUCUAAGUUUGAGAAUUUGCUAGCUGCCUGCCUGCCUGUUCCCAAUGUCAAUAAAUAAACAGUGUGUUUUCUUCACUUGACCAAAAAAAGUUCAAAGUUUAGCAUCUGCAAAUUAUCUCAUAUCUUAAUUACUACAGGGGACUGGCUUCAUUUGAAACUUGA